AUGUCGACUCCUUCGAAACGUCCAUCUUCACGAGCAUCGUCUGAAGCCCCUACACCGUCUCGACGAACUAGAUCUUCUCAACAACUUGUUGUACCCGAAACACCUCAACGGUCAACCGGUACACCUUCAAAAGAUGGAACCCCUGGAACUCCACGUCAGAGCUCUCGGACUCCGAAUCGUCAAGCGCCUGGUACCUCACCAGCUCGAGCAUUGCCAUCCAGCCCACUUGGAACUGAUAUAGAUAUGAGCUCUCCACUCAAUUAUGGUACUCCAAGCUCUCUCAGUACACCUCGAUCAUUACUGAGAGGGGCAAUGACUCCAGCUCGACAGAGAGCUGAUCUCAGAGGUCACCAAUCGGGACCUAAUGUGCCAGCUCCUACUCCUACAAGAAGGGCAGAGGCCGGUGAAGCAGAGGCAUCGGGAGAGCCUCAAUUAGUAGUGUGGGGCACAGAUGUGGCGAUUGCUGAAUGUAGGGAGAAGUUUGUGAAAUUCAUACAGAGAUUUGUUGAACCUACUGCUAUUACUACUGAACCCUUAUAUGAAAUGAAAUUGGAGGAAAUACACACGCUAGAAGAACCAUUCCUAGACGUGGAUUGCGAACAUGUUAAAAUAUUUGAUUCAAAACUGCACAGACAGCUUGUCUGCUAUCCUCAGGAAGUGAUCCCAGCAUUUGACGCUGCUGUAAAUGAGCUAUUUUUUGAGAAAUACCCUGCAGCUGUUUUAGAACAUCAAAUACAAGUACGACCGUUCAAUGCACCGCAAAGACACAUGAGAGAUCUAAACCCUGAAGACAUCGACCAGCUGGUAACGAUAUCGGGUAUGGUGAUCCGCACGUCGGGCAUCGUGCCGGAGAUGCGCGAGGCGUACUUCCGGUGCGCGGUGUGCGGCGCGGCGGCGGCGGGCGAGCUGGAGCGCGGCCGCGUGCCCGAGCCGGCGCACUGCGCGCACUGCAGCACGGCGCACAGCUUCCAGCUCAUACACAACCGCUCGCACUUCAGCGACAAGCAGCUCGUCAAGCUGCAGGAGGCUCCGGAUGACAUGCCGGCGGGGCGCACGCCGGCCACGGUGAGCGUGAUGGCGCACGGCGCGCUGGUGGAGGCGGUGGGCGCGGGCGAGCGCGUGGCGGUCACGGGCGUGUUCCGCGCCGCGCCCGCCGCCGUGCACCCGCGCCGCGCCACGCUGCGCGCGCUGCACCGCACGCACCUCGACGCGCUGCACUACCGCAAGGCGCACAGCGAGCGCCUGCUGGAGACCGAGGACGGCAAAGAACAUCAAUUUCCUCCAGAGCGUAUAGAACUAUUCAAAGCACUGUCAGCUCAACCAGACUGCUAUGAAAGGCUCGCCCGUGCUAUUGCUCCGUCAAUAUAUGAAAACCUUGAUAUCAAGAAAGGAGUAUUACUGCAACUGCUUGGUGGAACCAAGAAAAAUUUCAAUGCUGCGGGACGGACACACUUUAGGUCGGAAAUCAAUAUCCUUCUCUGUGGUGACCCUGGAACCAGUAAGUCCCAGCUUCUUCGAUGGGUGCAUGCACUAGUACCUCGCGCCCAGUACACGUCUGGUCGUGGGUCUUCUGCUGUAGGUCUCACUGCCUACGUCACCAAGGAUCCAGAUACACGCCAAUUGGUUUUACAAACAGGUGCAUUGGUGUUGGCUGAUAAUGGAAUAUGUUGUAUUGACGAGUUUGAUAAAAUGAACGACUCUACAAGGAGUGUACUUCAUGAGGUAAUGGAACAACAAACACUAUCAAUAGCCAAAGCCGGUAUAAUCUGCCAGCUCAACGCUCGCACGUCAAUCUUAGCUGCAGCCAACCCGGCUGAAUCACAGUGGAACAAAAAUAAAACUAUUGUGGAAAAUGUGCAACUACCCCACACACUCAUGUCCAGAUUCGACUUAAUAUUCUUAGUGCUAGAUCCGCAAGAUGAAGUCUUCGACAGGAGGCUUGCUUCCCAUCUGGUAUCAUUGUAUUAUAAGGAUCCCACGGACACACAGGAUGAUGAGGAUGUCGUCAACAUGAGCGUGAUGCGCGACUACAUCGCGUUCGCCAAGGAGCACGUGUCGCCGGCGCUCAGCGAGGCGGCGCAGCAGCGGCUCAUCGACGCCUACGUCGACAUGCGGAGAGUCGGUAGUGGGCGGGGACAAAUUUCGGCCUAUCCAAGACAGUUGGAGUCUCUCAUUCGGCUCGCGGAGGCUCACGCGCGGGUUCGCCUGUCCUCUGUUGUGGAAAUCAUAGACGUCGAUGAGGCGGCUAGACUCCACCGCGAAGCCCUGAAGCAGUCGGCCACGGACCCGGCGUCGGGUCGCAUCGACGUGGGCAUCCUGACGACCGGGCUGGGCGCGGCGGCGCGGCGGCGGCGCGCCGAGCUGCGGGCGGCCGUGCGCGCGCUGCUGGCGCCCCGCCGCGCGCCCGCCGCGCUGCCCGUGGCGCCGCUGCUGCUGGAGCUCAACGCCGGCUCGCAGAUCACGGUAACACGAGAACAGCUAGACGAGGCGCUACGAGAUCUACAAGACGAAGGCAAAGUCGUUGUUGUUAGUCAUACACACAUAAGAAUUUGUUAGAUAUCUAAAAAUCGAUUAAAAUAGAAUUAUAUCCUCCGCCUUAUAAAAUGACAUUAAUGUUAAUCUUCAGUAUAAUUCACAUAACUCAGAAAUACUUAUCUUUAUACAUAUAUUCAUUAUUAUGUGAGAUUUAAGAAAUAAAUUGUUUUAGUUUAAAUUGAAGUCCAUUUUGAAACAUCAUGUACAUGUUAUCAAUUAUUAAUUAUAAUAAACUUGUAUUUUUUACU